AACGGAGCCCACGCCAUCACAAAAGAACAUGCAGCCCGGUGUGGGUACAGCGUCAGGUUUAUGCAUCUGAACAACAAGGUGCAGCUGCGAGCGUCUUACCUGAGCUGCCACACAGAGUGCAAGGACGGUGAGGCGUAUACCUUCAGUUUUAAUCUGGUCGCGUAUCACAAAGGGGAAAAGGUCACACAUGCCCUGAACAAAACCUGUUCUCCAUCUCUGCCUUGGUCCCUCAGAGAGGUCACCUGUGAGGUCAACUACAUGGAGGUUUCUGUAAAGAGUGAGAUCACCUGCCCGUCUUCACCAGAGAAGAACGACUGGGACAACCUGAAACUUGCUCACAGUCCCUCUGCAGACUGGCAGGUGACGUUUCAGAGAGGAGGAGAGCAGCUGCCUCCUGCCUCGCUGAAGACCGCUCGUCAUAGUGACUAUGUGUUUGACCUGACCCACGGGAGGCUCAUGUUUCGGACGCCUUACGGACAACCUCACUCCUUCAUCGCUGUGCUGGACGGGGUCCCAGUGGAGGUGGUCCAUGCCACUCUCUUCUCCAGACAGAGUUGGCUCGUUCUCCUCAUUGACCUGAUCACUGCGUGCUCCAUGUAUGAAGCCGUGUUGGAUGAAGGCUACAUGUCCUGGGAGACUCCAGACGUGAUGUACCCGGGGCUCCACACCACAAACCUCAGCUUCAGCCUCAGCGCUGACCUCAUGACGCCUGAGGAGGCGGAGGCUAAAGGCUUUAUCGCAGAAAAACACAACAACACAGUGGGGAUCAGUGUCCCCUACGACGCAGAGGGAGGAUACAGGAAGAGCGUAGUAUCUGGAGACCUGUUUGAGUUCUACACAUAUGACUUGUACACGGAGCAGCUGUCUGUGGAUGAGGACGGCAUCGAGACCAGACUCCGCACGCUCAGGACCAUGAGCACGCCGCUCCUCACGAGGGCGCUUCUGGAUGAAAACCGUACAGUCGUGGAGGAGCAGCGCUUCACCCUCUACCUGGGUGAUAUUCCUCAGGAUCUGAAGCUGGUGUGGGUGGAGCUGAACAGGCAGAGGUUUGAGGUGCCUCUAAACUCCAGCUCCAUCUCUGUGGACGAGGUGGUUCAUCCAAACGACACACACGGGCUCGUGCUGAAGGUGCCGUUCAACAACUCACCUGUCACUCAAACGUUCACUGUAGAAAACAUCGAAUACAAGCUCGACAUAAACUACACCCUGAUGGUGACGCCUGAGCGCGAGCUGUACCACCACCGCACGUCGUUUAUGGCCGUCGUACCUGACCUCGCUCCUCCACAGUUUAAAGUGUCCUGUUCAGAAAGCAGCAUCACGUUUAAACUGGAUCACAAACCUUCCGGCUACAAAUGGGCGUUCACCGUGGACUCCGAGCCGCUGACCGUGGACCUGGCCACGAGGAAAGGGCUCGUGAUGGUCAACGACAGCCGGGCGCUCCAGCUGGACGUGCCGCUCCUCUCCCACGGAUAUGCAAACAAGAAUUACAGCCUGCAAGGGUUUCUGGGUACUUUUGAGAUCCAGGUGCGAGAUCAAGAAACGUAUCAAGUUCAGAGUUCAACUGUGAAGACCUGUCCAUUCUUUACUAAUGAACUCCUAGUGUGUUCACCUGCCAUGUGGAUGAUCGCGGUGGUGGACUUGACUCUGGCCGUUGCGAGCGGAGGUGUUCCUUCCCAAAUGACCCUGCGGCACCAGAGGUGUGUCCCCAAAGAGGCCGACGGCACCAGGGCCCUGUUCAUGUUUCCUGUGAACGACUGCGGCUCAUUUGUCAAGCUCGGAAAAGGAACAGUCACUUAUGAAAAUGAGAUCCUGUACAGCAAGAGCUCAACUGAUGGAACUGCAGACAGAGUGAUCCUGCAGUGCACAUAUCCCGUCUCGAGUCUCUAUCGGCUUUUCUCUACAGUGACCCUUGAAUCCGACACUCCUGGAGUCGGGCGGAUCAUUCACACGUCACAGAUGGAAACGGAACCACAAGAUGCCACCACAUCUGCAGCGUUACCACAGAGCAGAUAUUCCUCAGGUCGCCUCAUAGAUUUUUCUGGGUGGAAACCUCCACAACUCGGAAGAAAAGGUUUCUAUGGCCAACGAGUGCAUACAGCAAGACAUUUUUACCAAAACAACUGAAAUUGUAAUGUAAUUUUAAUGUUUUAAAAUGGUACUGUUUACUUGAAUAAAUGUCUUAAUAAAUAAAUGUUUAUGUGCUAAUU